CUUUAUGACCAUUGUACCUUAUUGGGUACCCAUUGUUUUCAACGCCUUAUAUGAUCAACUACGAACCAGUUACUAGCAUCACACUUGUACUCUCUUCUUUCUUACAUGUUCUCUCUCUCUAAAAUAUUUAGUAGCAAUGAAUGAUGACGAAGUAGUGAUAAUUGGAGCCGGGAUUUGUGGGUUAGCGACGGCCCUUGCUCUUCACAAGAAGGGGAUAAAAAGUGUAGUAAUGGAGAGGGCUGAAAGCCUGAGGAACGUCACUGGAGCAGCAAUCGGCAUCCGCCCCAACGGGUGGCGAGCUCUCGAUCAGCUUGGUGUCGCUGAGACCCUCCGGCGCACUGCCAUCCCUCUUCAGAGGCAACGAGUCAUAUCGCUUGAUGGUGGGAGACAAAAAGAAAUCUCAUUGGUGCGUUUGGAAUACGAAAUACGUUGCUUGAGAAGAAAGGACCUUAUUGAUACUCUUUAUGCUGCACUUCCUCUAGACACUGUAAAAUUCGGCUGCCAACUUGAAUCCAUAAAACUUGGCCCGCAUUCCACCAAACCAAUUCUUCGGUUCAUUGAUGGAAGCUCCGUUAUAGCUAAGGUAGUAAUUGGUUGUGAUGGUGGCAAGUCAAUAGUUUCCGAAUUCCUUAACCUCAAGCCUACAAAGAUGUUUCCUUUAUGUGCGGUUAGAGGUUUAACAAACUACCCAAAUGGUCAUUCAUAUGACUAUGAGUUUGCUCGUUUCAUGAAAGACAACGUUAUCAUAGGAAGAAUUGCUAUUGAUGAUAACUCGGUUUACUGGUUUUGUUCACUACCCUUCAAUCCUAAAGAUGAAAAGGGUUGGAAAGAUCCUGAGGUAAUACGACAAUCGACCCUAGAGUUGCUAAGCGAUUUUCCCCAAGAAAUUAAAGAAAUGAUAGAAAACACGGACAUGGAGUCGUUAUCAUUUACACACUUGAGGUAUCGUGCACCACGAGACUUGUUGACGGGCACAUUUUGUAAAGGAACAGUAACAGUUGCUGGUGACGCUAUGCAUGUCAUGGGCCCAUUUUUGGGGCAAGGUGGUUCAGCAGCGUUAGAAGAUGCGGUUGUGUUGGCUAGAACAAUGGCUCAGUUGGGUUUAAACAAUGUUGGGAGUGGGAGUAAGGUAACAAUCCAUGGGGUUGAGAAAGCGUUUAAUCAGUUUGUAAAACAAAGAAGGAUGAGGAUAGUAUGGUUGUCGUUACAAACAUACCUCACCGGCAUGCUGUCAGGUACUUCUUUGGGCCCAAAGAAGAUUUUAUAUAUUUGGUUAUUGAAAGUUCUCUUUCCCAACCCAAAUGGCCAUAUUGAUUAUGAUUGUGGUGAACUUUGAUCCGUUCAAAGAUCUUUAGACUUGUUCUUUAUUGUAUUACUAGCUAGCUAGGCAUUUUCUAAACAUGUUUAUAUACGGGAUUUAUGCAAAGAUAUCACUCAAAUAAGUUUGUAAUAUGCUUGUAAGUUUGGUGACAUAUAUAAUUGUUACUAAUCGAUAACUUAAUUUCCGUAGUUGUGUUGAUUA